AUGGAAACAAUUAUCGUAUGCGUUGAGUCGGUGCUCACUUAUCUUGUUGGGCCGCCGCCACAGCGCCCGGUUACCCAGUACACGACGCCGCCAAACAACGUCUACGGAGUACCGACACCAAGUGAAGCAAGCACAGCGCCGGAUGAUACAGAGACCUGGUACUGUGACUUUUGGGAGAAAGCUUACGCCGUUCCGCACAAGGACGGGAACAAUAUCAUCAUAUACGAACCGAAAGAGACAGAUAUACCCGAUCCAAGGGCCAGACCAGAAUGGGUGAGCAAACGGUUGCGAAAGGCUUAUGAGCUUCUCGGAGAAGGUCAUCCAAGGAUAGUGCGGUGUAUCAGCCUUUUAGAUAGCGAUGCCGGUAAUGGGGUGAUUGUUGAGAGACUCAAUCCAGGGCCACACUGGGGUGAUCUCCCCGUCAUGACUACACCUGUACAAGAGACGCCUUCCGGAGAGGAUAAGAUCAUGCUGGCCUUGUACUAUCGUUGGGCCUUGCAAGCACUGUCUGCCCUCAGCUUUUUCCACUCUCGCUCUGUGUAUCUGACAUUCUUCUCGUCUAGAAAUGUAUGGCUACGAUCCGACUUUUCGCUUGCUAUUACAGGUUUCAUCAGCCUCGAAGGACCCGAGCUCGAUGCCGAUGCACUGAGAGACGCUUGGAAGCAGUCGAAGCGAGAUGAGAGACAGGAGCGAGAUCAUCAGGCAUUCGUUGCUGGUAUGACACAAGAGCCAGAGCCCUCUGAUGAAGAGAGUAAUGAAGAUAGCGAAGAGAUUCCAGAGGGGUUCUCCGAAUCUUGGAGUCAAGGAGAAUGGGCGGGGGAUGGUAACGCUUUGUUCUACGAUGAUUAUUUCAACAUCAAGUAUCCUCGAGAAGGUGUAUAUCAUCGCAAAGCUUUGUUUUACUGGGCUAGCUUUGUCUGGGAGCUCAUGACUAACGGUUUCACAGCCGAAGCGCCCUGGAAAAGGGACAUAGACUGGAGUCCGUUCUACUCACCUGAAGGGCGCCCAACAGAAGAAGCGGCAGAUUGGCGCGACCAGCUCCAAGUGCUAGAAGAGGCUAGGCUUGGAAGUGUAUUGCUCAAAGCCUGGAAGGGCGAAUACGAAAGUGCGGAGCAAGCUGCCGAAGAUAUCAGAAAGAUCGCCGAGAAAGCAGGCAUUGAUGUCGUCAGCAGUACAGUGGAAGUAGGCGGCGAUUGGAUGAAGCUGUUCAAGGAUGAAGUUGAUAUUGGCGAGCCUUGGGAGAAUAUUUUCGAGCUGGAUGACGCGCAAAAGAAAUGGGGAACUCGGACGCUCAGAUUCAAACGGAAGACUACACAUGUAAACUUGCUUACGAUAGAGCAGAGUGUUUUAGCAGGGCCAUAG